AUGUGGAUCCUGGACACCUCAUCCUUCCUCCUCUUCUACAUCCUGUUGCUGGGCUACGGUUGCCGGGCGGCGGACAUUCCAGAGGACACUACAUCAGAAUUUUCUGUCAGACUGUACCAUCAGCUGCAGGCGACAGGGGGUCAAGACAACAUCAUUUUCUCCCCCCUGAGCGUGGCCUUGGCCCUGGGCAUGGUGGAGCUUGGAGCCAGGGGAGUAUCACUGGAGGAGAUCCGACAGGCCGUAGGAUUUGACGACCUGAUGCCAGGUGUGGAGUUUUCUUUGCUCCAAAACCUGACAGCAGCGCUCUUUGAGGAUGAAAGCCAGUACAUGGUCCGAUUGGCCAACAGUCUCUACCUUCAAGAGGGCAUAACUUUUAACCCCGAGUUUCUGCAUCUGAUGAAGAAGUAUUUUGGAGCCAGCGUUGAGACAGUUGACUUUAGUGAAUCAGCAGCUGUCGCCGAGCAGAUUAACAGCUGGGUGGAGAAUCAUACUGAAAGUAAGAUCCGGGACCUUCUAUCUGCUGAUGACUUCAGCAGCGUCACUCGUCUAUCCAUGGUCAACGCCAUCUACUUCAGAGGCUUCUGGAAAAAUCAGUUCAGGCCCGAAAACACCAGGACCUUUUCCUUUAGCAAAGACGACGGCUCAGAAGUCCAGACACUCAUGAUGUACCAACAGGGAGAUUUCUACUAUGGUGAGUUCAGCGACGGCUCCCAGGAAGCUGGCGGUGUUUACCAGGUCUUAGAGAUGCUAUACGAGGGGGAUGACAUGUCCAUGAUGAUCAUCUUGCCUCGGCAGGAAGUGCCUCUGGCUUCUCUUGAGCCCAUCAUCAAGGCACCAUUGCUGGAGGAGUGGGCAAACAAUGUUAAACGACAAAAGGUGGAAGUCUAUCUGCCCCGGUUCAAAGUGGAGCAGAAAAUGGAUCUUAAAGACACUCUGCAGGAGCUCGGAAUAAAGUGCAUUUUCAGCAAGGAUGCUGAUCUCACCGCCAUGACAGAUGGGAAGGAGCUUUAUAUUGGCAGGGCGGUACAGAAAGCCUACUUGGAAGUGACUGAGGAGGGUGCGGAGGGAGCUGUCGGAUCAGGAAUGAUUGCUCAGACAAGGACUCUGGUGCUGUACCCACAAGUAAUGGCUGAUCACCCAUUCUUCUUCAUCAUCAGAAAUCGGAGAACGGGGUCUAUCCUAUUCAUGGGCAGAGUUCUGACCCCUGAAGUCAUCGAGCCUAAUGACCAUGACUUUGAUUCCAUGUAA